GCUUCUCCUUUCUUCCCGACUGGUGGGACGGUGGCCCCGCAAGCGGCGGUGAGCGCGGCGUCCCGCGCGGCUCCCCGGGCCGCAGCUGCGAGGUCGCCACGGGGGUGGAAUCGGCGGCGAGCGCUGCCUCGUCGCCUCGCUCGCGACUCCGCAGCGUCCAUGCAAGGGGACCGAGAAGAACCGCAAAGCGUCAGGACAAUGAACACUAGAAGACCCUCAGUCCUUAUAAAAAGUCCAGCAGUGAUAAGCCAGUGUGCCCAAGGAGAGACAGAAGAAAACACAACAUGGCCUCAGCAGCAGAACAACUUUUCCUUGUUUUCUUCCACCAAAGCCUGGCAUUUCAGAGGGAAAAAACGCAAGCAGAGCACCCAAGAUGAAGAUGCCGUCAGUGUCUGCAGCUUUGAAUCAAGUGAGCCCAGUAAUAAACGGGUCAGGCCUCUCUCUAGAGUAACAUCACUAGCAAGCUUAAUUCCUCCUGUCCGAGCAACUCCUUUGAAGCGAUUCAGUCAGACUCUUCAGCGUUCUAUCAGUUUCCGCAGUGAUAGUCGGCCUGAUCUUCUUGCUUCACGUCCCUGGACUAGAAAUGUACUCCCUGCUAGCACUAAGAGAAGAGACAGUAAACUCUGGAGUGAGACCUUUGAUGUUUGUGUCAAUCAGAUGCUCACAUCCAAAGAAAUCAAGCGCCAAGAGGCUAUUUUUGAACUUUCACAAGGGGAAGAAGACUUGAUAGAAGACUUGAAGUUAGCAAAGAAGGCUUACCAUGACCCAAUGCUUAAGCUCUCUAUAAUGUCAGAGGAAGAAUUAAAUCAAAUUUUUGGAACACUGGACUCUUUAAUUCCUCUGCAUGAAGAUCUUCUUAGGAGACUGAAAGAAAUUAGAAAGCCUGAUGGAUCUACAGACUCAGUUGGUCACAUCCUUGUCAGAUGGCUGCCUUGUCUAAAUUCCUAUGAUAGCUAUUGCAGCAACCAAGUCGCUGCCAAAGCUUUGCUGGACCAUAAGAAGCAGGAUCAUCGAGUGCAAGAUUUCCUCCAACGCUGUCUAGAGUCUCCUUUCAGCCGCAAACUGGAUCUAUGGAAUUUUCUUGACAUCCCAAGAAGCCGUCUAGUGAAGUACCCUUUGCUACUCCGAGAGAUUCUGAGACAUACACCAAAUGAUCAUCCAGACCAGCAGCACCUUGAAGAAGCUAUUAAUAUUGUCCAAGGUAUUGUGGCAGAAAUCAACAAAAAGACUGGAGAAUCUGAAUGCCAGUAUUACAAAGAAAGGCUAAUAUAUCUAGAUGAAGGCCAAAGGGACUCUCUGAUAGAUAAUUCACAUGUUGUGUGUUGUCACGGUGAACUGAAGAACAGCAGGGGAGUGAAACUGCACGUCUUUCUCUUCCAAGAAGUGCUUGUAAUUACUCGAGCUGUUACACAUAACGAGCAACUCUGGUACCAACUGUACCGGCAGCCUAUUCCUGUGAAGGAUCUUGUGCUGGAAGAUUUGCAAGAUGGAGAGGUGCGAUUGGGAGGAUCUAUACGUGGUGCAUUUAGCAACAAUGAGAGAAUUAAAAACUUCUUCAGAGUCAGCUUCAAAAAUGGAUCUCAGAGCCAGUCCCACUCAUUACAAGCAAAUGAUGCCUUCAACAAGCAACAGUGGCUCAACUGUAUCCGUCAAGCUAAAGAAUCAGUCUUACAUGCAUCAGGCGAAGGUGGUUUACCUGGUUCUGAAGGGCCAUUGUUAACAUCAUCCAGCAGGCACAGAGGUUUCCGGCAGGAAGCAAACCUUGAGCAAAUGGACCAAUCAGACAGUGGGUCUGACUGUAGUAUGGACACCAGUGAAAUUAGCAUUGACUGUGACCACAUGGAGCAGACAGACACUUGGGGGAGUAACAAAGCAUUAGAAAGCAAUGUCUGACAAAAAACAUUAAUAGAGAAAUACUGCGACUUACCUAUACAGUAUCGGCAUUCCACAUAUGGCGCAAGAAGCACUUUUUAAUAUUUUUGUGACAAUGUCAAUUCUAUUAUAUUUGUACCUUUUGACCACAGUACUGUUACUGCCAGUGUGAGUAACUUAGAAUGUAUGACAAGCAUAAUCCUGUGAUAUUCUUUAAAUGUCUCAGUGGCUGAGAGAGGUACUUGAUCCCUUAUUUCAACUGUCCUACUGGUAGAGUUGCUCUCUAAACUACUGUUUUUAUGCAUAUAACAUAAGUGUCUAUAAAGUUUAUAAAGUACCCUAUUUUGAUCUCUUUGAUCUGGCAGUUGACCACAAGAAACUACAAGGCUUUUAAAGAAGAUUAUCGAAGCCAGAAAUUUGCUAUGAAAGACACACAAGUCUUGAAAAGCUUUAAAAGCUAAAAAUAAUUGUCUCAUUACUAGAUAACUAGGCUUGCACAAGAAGUGACUACUUGUACCUGUGAAUGAGCCAUCACAAAUGGAACUUCCGUAUCAUCUCAGAUAUAAUGCUCUCCAGUGGAGGGACCAUCCAUGAAGGGAUGAGAAAUCAAGUGCUGUGCAAGUGUUUGUGGAAAAGCUCUGUGUUUCAGGAUAAGGUAAGGUAGCUACCAUAUUGCUAUCAAGGCAACAGGAAUCUUACAAUACAGAUAGAUUUCAAGUCCUAAUGGAGAUUAGGUUAGAUUCUGACCUGUGCAGAGGGUAUAUUCUCUCAGUGCACACAUAAAACUUCACAGAUAUUUGAAAGUAAAUGCUGCUGCCAGAUGGAAUAUUCAGAUGAAAAGCUAAACAUUUUAUGAUUGUACUUUCAGAUAGGCUGCUGAACAAUUUGCAGUGGAGCAUUAGAAAAACAAGGAAAGAGUAAAGUGCCCUAAAAAGUAAAAUGGAAAUAGCUCUGUGAUAUGGAUUAAAUUGAUUUUAUUGUGUUCCAUGUAGCCCUUUUAUGUCAUGCCCAGGCAGUUUGUGUAUAAAAUGGUGCUAAUAUCUCUUAUAGUUUUAGCAUUCACAUGUUUGUAUGUAAUGUCAUCCUGUUCUGGGGACAGUGGUUAUGCAGUGUUGAUGCAGUGUGCUUCACAGAGAGGGAUAUUUUUAUUGGCAGUCCUGUUUAGGGAAUCUGUGUAGUGAGCUUCUCAGGGCUAAGAUGCUGGAUGAAACUGAAGUGGGCUGCCUAGGCCUGUAUAAAAUGCUUACAGAAACUUGCACCUGGGACUCUACCAAAUAUAUUCACAAAAGUCAUUUUUUCACUGGUUGUGUUCAGCGUUUCACUGGUUUAAUUAUAACAAAAAUGCUUUCUAAUAUGAUUGCAAAUUUGAUUUAAACCCGUGAUUCAUAAUUAUUUUCCAUGGGAACCCAUUAGUGCAUCUUUGCCCUAUUCAGGGUCUGUUUGUAUAUCCUCAUAUUCAUUUCUUGGGACAGCAUCUACUAGUGUUGCAGCUCUGACAUCUGAACUGCAAAGGCUUCUACAUCUUCUAAAUCUAUGGCCAAAUUUUAAGCUCUUAAUUUAAAGAACAAUUUUCAUCAGCUUUGCACCUUUAAAGAUGGGGAAAUGCCAAUAAAAUUGGUAGUUCUGAAAUAAAUUUAAUUGCUAAUGAAAGUUUGAACAAUACUGGAAUACUGAAUUUGCUCUGUUUCUUAAAGAUAGUUCUAAAAUGUACAACCUAGUGCACUGAAAUUCUCUUGUAUACCAUUAUUCUUUUCUGUACCAUGUUGACUUCAACCUCUGUUGACUUCAACCUCAGCAUAUGCUGUCAUUUUCCUAAAAUAUUGCCAAAAGCAUACUUUGUAUAUUUUUCAUGUUUACAGAGAAACUAGGGGAGUAAAUAUGGGGUCAAUCAUAAUUUGUAGAUAUGUUUUACUAUAUGUUAAAGGAAUCAUUGUGUUGAAAUAAUCAAUAUAAAAUAGGUAUUUUACUUCUAUUUUUUUUAAGUAUUAUGGACAACUUUACUCACUUGUUUAUAAUUAUGUAUGUAUAGGAUUUAAACAUGAUGAUUAUUUUCUAUUUCAGGCUUGUAAUUUAUUUAGAUUGCUUCAUUUUGGAACGUGAGUUUUAGCUGAUCAAGAGACAAAGAAGAGAACUAUAAUUUAGUAUGAUAUCUGAACAGGACAAUGGAUUUUUUAAGAAAAAAAGAGAAGGAAAUAGAAAAUACAUUAGGCUGCAUUUCUAUACAGUUUCCUGAGAGUAAAGCUCCAAUGAACUAAGUUGAAGUGCUUUUGAGUACACAUGCAGGGGAUUGCAUUGUUAGGAUGUAAACUACUGAAAUUACAAAACUUGCCAAAAUUUUGGAGAAACUGUAUAACAUCUUCAUUUAUUAAACAAUAAUGUAUGUAUUGAUGAAAGCAUUUUGCAUAAUAGCCUUACACUGUUCUCAGAGCAUUUCAAAUAAAUUACACUGAACAGUC